AUGUAUGAACAAGAGCAAGUCGAUUUUGAUACUUUUCUCGAAUCCAUUAGUAAUUAUCUUCUUGAUGAUCAUGAUCAUCCCGAUAAUUUCUUGCACGACCCAUCCGGUUUUAUGGUUUCCAAUAAUGAUAUGAGUAUUCCGGCCAUCUCUGAAGAGUCCUCGAUAAAUAUUGAUCAAGAAAUAUCAUCUCUUUUUGCAGCCAACUCUUGCUCCGGUGAGUCAUAUAGCCGGAGUUCCAGCUAUCUUAUGGAUGAUCCGAUCUGGCCAUUGCCAAAUUUGGAUGACUCUGAGAUCUCUAGCUUAUUAGAUGGUUACAAUGGCGAUAUUGUUCAAAUCCCAAAAAAUUCAAAUCCUAUUCUUGCCAUAACCAUUAACGAGUUGCCGGAUAUUUCAGCAGACAUUCCGGCGACUAGCAGCGAUCUUACCGGUACCUGCUUAGGAUCAGCUACAAGCAUGCCGUUGAAGUGGGAUUUCUCAACAGGAAACGUGGUAACGUUUGGCGAGGAGGUUUUUUCAAGUGGGGAGGAUCAGAAAUCCCCGCCAUGUGUGAAGGACUUUAAUUCUGAUGAAGUUAAGAAUUUUGAAGCUCCCCCAUUACAAUCACAGCCUGAGAGGAAGUAUAGAGGAGUGAGACGACGGCCGUGGGGGAAGUACACAGCAGAGAUGAGGAAUCCGGAGAAGAAAGGGUCAAGAUUAUGGCUUGGGACUUAUGAGACGCCGGAGGAAGCAGCCAUGGCGUACGAUCGAGCAGCAUUUAAGCACCGUGGAUCUCAUGCUUUGCUGAAUUUCCCUCAUUUAACCGAAUCACACAAUGAAAAUCCACAAAGAUAUAUCACAAAAAAACGAUCAUCACCAUCACCAUCUUCAUCUUCAUCGGAUUCUUCAAAGAACAGCCAUCGGAAUAAAAGGAAAAGUUCCGUCUAG